UCUGCCCAGGACUCUGCAGUCAGUGGCGGCAAUGGCAUUCGUCCCUGAUUUGGACACGCUGGAGAGCAGCAGCCUGAAUGAGGAGACCCUGUAUGGCCCAAAUUGUCUCUGCCCACAGAAGAAGCCCCGACUGGACCUGGAGGUGACAUCGCCGGGGGUGGGCAUCCAGGUGAAAGUGACAAAAGGACACGUUUCCAGGACCUUUCGCCAGGCUGCCAUCCUGGUGGCUGCUGUGACCAAGCUCCUGAAGCAACCAUCACACGAGUUUGUUGACAGUGACCUUGGCAGCUUCUUCAAUGAUAUUUUUGAGCCCAUCUCCUUCCAGUGCAUCAAGGGCAGUUAUACCAGGGCACCUGUUUUCCGCUACACUCGCUCCCAGUCCUUCGACAUCCUGGACAUCGAUCACAAGUGCUUCGUACUGGAGUCACCCACCCAGCUGGUGGCCCUGCACCUGCAGGGGCCCUCUGCUGGACGGAAAGUGAAGCUCGACAUUGCUCUGUACCGUCCCCGGUCAUCGCAGGGCGGUCCAGGGUCUGGAAGGGUGCCGGUGGCGUUGGGUAUCAAGGGCUACCAGCUCUACAUGUCGUGUGUGAUGAGUGACACUAAGCCCGUGCUGCAGCUGGAGGAAGCUGACAUCAGGAGGGAUAUCGAGAAUGUGGAGCUGACCCGCUUCAUCUUCUACCGCCUGGACAGCCCAGCUCAGCGGACCACUCGCUUCGAGUCGGCCGCCUUCCCUGGCUGGUUCAUUUGCACGUCCCUGCAGCCCCGCCAGCCUGUCAGCAUCACCAACACCCCAGACCAGGUGAACAUUGCUACCUAUGAGCUGAGUGGGCGCUGA